CCAAAACAAAAACAGACAUGCUCUGCCAACUCUGGUUGUUGCCUCCGCAUUCGUCAAGUACUUUGUCUUCUCACAUUUCUUCAUUCCGAAGCUUUUUCUUUCAACAGGCGCUAAAUUGAAAUUCAUUCCCUUCCCUUAAACACAGAGAGAAAGAGUAGUUAUUUUAAUUUUCGGAGAGAAACGGAUUUGAGACGCCAUGAAAGGUUAAUAACUUGAGAUUUCUGAGAAAUGGCGUUUGUUAACAACGAAAAUCAUCUGGAAAUGCAAGAACCCAGUAUUGAUACAGACAAACUGAGCUACGAGAUUUUUUCAAUAUUGGAGAGCAAGUUUUUGUUUGGUUACGAUGACCAGAAACUUUGGAUUCCUAAACAAAUUGUUCCCGCCAUUGAACAGCCCAAAAAUGACGUCGUUUUCACAGCCGAGGACGGCGUUCAAGCGGUCAAGAAUCAGAGAGGAAAAAUCUGCAUUUUGAGUAUUGAUGGUGGUGGAAUGAGAAGCAUCAUAUCGGGGAAAACGUUGGCAUAUUUGGAAACUGCUUUAAAGAAUAAGUCUGGAAAUCCAGACGCUAGAAUCGCCGAUUACUUUGAUGUUGCCACCGGUACCGGCGUCGGUGGAAUCUUCACGGCGAUGCUCUUUGCUACCAACGAUCGGAAUCGACCGGUUUUCCACGCCGAUGAAACGUGGAAAUUCCUCGCUGCGGAGGGCAAAAAAUUCUAUCGCUCCGCAAAAUCAAAUCAUUUUAAGGCUAAUUUCUUCAAGCGAGCCUUUAAUAAAAAAACCGGCGAUGAUAACGCCGCCACCGGUUCAUCCACCGCCGGUUUAGAGAAGGCGAUGAAGGCGGCUUUCAAAGAUGCAAAAACUGGCCGGAGUUUAACGCUGAAGGACACUUUAAAACCGGUUCUAAUUCCGUGCUACGAUCUUUCCAGUACGGCGCCGUUUUUGUUUUCACGAGCCGACGCUCUGGAAUCAGAUGGCUACGAUUUUAAGCUUUGGGAAGUUUGUCUAGCCACGUCAGCAGAACCGGGCGUGUUCGACCCAGUUUGCAUGGAGUCGGUUGACGGGUCGACCAGGUGUGUGGCGGUGGACGGCGGUUUGGCGAUGAACAAUCCGACGGCGGCGGCUAUUACGCACGUACUGCAUAACAAACAAGAGUUUCCGUUUGUGAGAGGGGUCGAGGACAUUUUGGUACUUUCACUAGGGUCUGGAGGGCAGUUAUUGGAAGGGAGCUUUGACUACGAGCAAGUGAAGAAAUGGAAAGCCAAGGAUUGGGCUCGGCCCUUGGCUCGAAUUUCGGGCGAUGGUUCGUCCGAGCUGGUUGACCACGCCGUGGCUAUGGCAUUUGGCCAGAGCCGGAGUGAUAAUUAUGUUCGAAUCCAGGCAAAUGGAUCGAGUUUUGGCCGCUGUGGGGCAAAUGUGGACACAGAUCCGAGUCCUAGCAAUGUGAAAAUGCUCAUUGGAAUAGCAGAUGAAAUGCUCAAACAGAAGAAUGUAGAAUCCGUUCUCUUUAGUGGCAAGAAGAUCGGGGAGCAGAGCAAUUUUGAGAAACUUGACUUGUUUGCUGAACAACUUGUGCUCGAGCAACAGAGGAGGAGUUGCCGAAUAGCUCCCACUGUUGCAUUCAAGCAACAUCCCUCGAGAUCUUCUUAAACGACUCCCGAUAGCAAUAAAACAGGGGGAAAAAACAAUGUAAAUCAUGCAAGAAGGUGGACAAAAAAAAUUAAAAUAGGAUUGGCUGAAGAAAGGCAUGUCAGCAGGUUUUACUACUAUGAGAAAAAACAGAAGAUAAGAGAAAAAGUGCUGGGCGUGGGACUUGAGUGAAAAGGACUAUCAACUGUAAAAAAAAAAAAAGGUGUAUCUUUGUGGGAUUCCUUGCCUGCCAAUGGCCAGGCAUGGUGGUAGCCACCACUUUAUCAAGGACAAAGAAACUUAAUCAUGUAUAACAUUUCUUGAUUUCAAAUUAAAAUUUGGUUAUGGGAGACCCUUUUUUCUCCUUAAUGUUUUGAAUUAAUGCCGGAUGCUAUAGUUUUUAAAGAUGUGAUUGUUGUA